AUGUCAGUUAUUGUUAACGGCGCAGAAGAUAGAGUCUUCGGAGAAGGUCCAUUCAAAGCGUACCCAAUGGUCGGUACAGGUGUAUACUCUCGAUACCAACAAUUAAGAACCAGUGUUUCUCCGAAAUUGGUUGUUGUUGGUUGUCUGACGGCUGUCUCUAGUUUUAUUGUUUUUUUACUAGGAGUUCAUAUCGUCAUCCAAUAUCGUACAAUCCAACUAGAUAUGCGUCUGGAUAUGUUGAAGAAACUGGUGUAUAUUGUAUUAAGCAUACUUGCAAUUAUACAGGUGAUACGGUUGAUAGCAUGGGUGUUUGAUAAUUGGAGUCGUCCAGUGCUAGGACAUACGUCUACGUCUAUCCGUACUAAUCAUAGUGGAAGACGUCGCUACAGUAGACUUGCUACGCAAUAG